AUGCUGGGUUUUGAUGUUAUAGACGCCAUUGCCCUUUUGCGGAUGGAUGAGCUCUAUGUAGAGUCUUUUGAGAUCAAGGACGUUAAAACACUUCCUAGGGUGCACUUGUCUCGUGCUAUAGGAAGGCUUUCCGGUAAGGAUGAUGAAGGAUUUGAGAUUCUAGAUGAAUUUGAGGAUGAACUCACCGAGAAGGAGAAGAUUGGGGUUCAGGAUUCCAUAGCUCGAGACGCAAAGGUGUUGGGGUUGAUUCAAGGUGCAGUUUCAGAUGAGAUCUUACCUAAGAUUGCGAACCAAGAGACUGCAAAGGAGGCGUGGGGAUAUUCUGAAGCAAGAAUAGAGAGGCGAUUCACAAGUUAG